AUGGCUUUGCGCAUUUCAACAAGGAUGAUCACGAGUGCGGAAAUUUUGGCUUAUUCGACCAUUGUAGUGGAUGAGGAAGGUGCUGAACAAGUCCUAGACAGAUAUGGAAAACCCCUUAUUGCUGCUCGCAAAUACUAUAUUGUGCCAGGCAUCUUUGGCCCAACAGGUGGUGGAGUAGGACUAGGGCUACCAUUAGAAAUUGCAUCUGAAGAGAAGCCUCAGUGUGCUACAUCUUCCAACUGGGUGGCGGUUGUUGAUGAUUUCCCUUUGAAAUGGGUGGGUAUUGGUGGUGCAAAAGACCAUCCAGGGAAGAAGAUCAUAACUGGAAGCUUUAACAUUCAAGCAUUCGAUGCAUCAUAUAAGCUUCUGUUUUGUCCCACCAUGAGUGCCUCGGCUAGUACUUGUUUUGAUAUUGGGAGGUACGAUGAUGUCGGGGGAAGGCGUUUGGUCUUGACCAAAGAUCAUCCCUAUCAAGUUGGGUUUAUUGUUGCUGAUGCCACUCGAAGCUCCAUAGAUUGA